GUUUAGUGUUGAAUUCAGUGAGCCGCGAAAAUUCACGUUUAGUCCAGCCCGAGAGCCCGUAGGUGUAACAUGUCAGUUUUUAUCAGCGCCGUUUUUAGACGAACGCGUACGGUUUGAAGCGAAGUAAUCCCGGGUAUUUUUACGCUCGUGUACCAACCAUCAGUCUUUCUCGGUAUUCCGCCUUUAAAUCUUCAAAAAGGCUGCUGCCACAAAGAAUACACAAACGUCGAGGGGCAGUGCGCGCGCAAAACGCAGGCUUUUUCUAUCCCACCGACAACGUUAUGUUCUUUGCUCCGUAUAACGAAGAUCGAUGAUUCGAAGGAUCGUUUGAUACCGCGUGUUCUAUUUUCGAAAAAAAAAAUAGUAAAUAUUUCAAAAUCGUGCCACGUGAUCCAUAAACCGAAAAGUGCAUUUCCGACGGACCGUUCGCGAUCACCAGUGUCGUUUUUAUUCUAUACAAGUGAUACAUGGUUCUAUUAACGAGAAAUGAGCCGUUUGAACGUUCAACGUUCGCGGAAUAUAUCGUAUCCGUAACCGUUCGUUAUCCGUACAAUAUAUCGAUAAUUCGAAUAUUAUAUAUUUACGAUCGUAUGGUAGAUAGUGUGAAAUUUACUUUCCGAGAAGAAGAAAAUUUCUGUUAAGUUGGUGAGAAGGAGAAGACACUAGACAGAGUUAUUUAUGUGAUCUAUUUUCACGCAAGUUGUGUUACCUUACUGGCCUAAAAAUAUCUGUGAAAUUUGAUUAGGCACAGCUUGAUGCUGCGGUAUUACCUAUUCGAAUAUUUAUAUCUAUUCGAAAGUGAUAAAUUCGAUUUCGAUUUGUGCUUAAUUAAAUUAUUAAAUUGUUGGGAGUACUUGAUUCAAAUUUUAGUUGAAUAGAAAACAAAUACUAUUCGGAAUUUGUAUGUGGUAGUUCACGGUGGACAAAUAAAAUUCGUAUUAAAUUCCUCGAAAUCGUAUUAAAGACUGCAAGAGAUAUUAUUAACUCGGAAUUUGUGUGCAAUAUACCGUAAUGGACAAUAAGCCGGCUAACACGUUUUUAAAAAAAGUUGAACAACACGCAAGAAAAAUACAUUCGUCGUCGCCGGAGGAUAAUGGAGAGAAUUGUUCGUUUGAAUCAAAUUGUGCACCGAUUGAAGUUAAAGAGGAAAUAAUAACGGAUGAAAUCCAGGAAUAUGCAGCGACUACGAUGAGCGAGCUAUUGGGGUGGUAUGGCUAUGAUAAAGUAGACAGUGGUUGCACCAAAAGUUUAAACUUGGAUCAUUUUACAUCCACGCUUGACACAAGAAGUAGUCAAAUGGUUAAAAUGGACGAGAACUUUAUUCUAAACAAGCAAGCACCAAAGUCUCCGUUGCUAAAUGCAACCAAUUCUCAUUUUGACGUAUCAAAAUUACCACUACCACAUUCUGCGAGCAGCUUAAAUACUGUGGACAGGCAACUGAUAUCACCCCCACUACCAAUAAAAAAAGUAUCGCUUGAUUCUACAUCUACAUUUCCUUAUAAAAAUUAUUCAAGUUCUAUUUGCACAGAGAAUAUAUCUUGUUCCUGGUGUGGUCGAAUUACCCAAAUAUGUAAAUCAGGAAGGACUAAUUCUCUUUCCUAUAACAUGAUAAAUACUCUGGGACAUUUUUGUAGCGAAGCUUGUUUUGCUGCUGGAAGAGCAGUUUUUAAACAAGCAAAAACGUGUGAUUGGUGUAGGCACAUAAGAAAUUCAGGUAGCCAUGUUGAUUUCCAGGAUGAUGAAAGUCAACUUCAAUUUUGUAGCGAUAAAUGUUUGAAUCAGUAUAAAAUGAAUAUUUUUUGCCAUGAAACACAGACUCAUUUGAUGCUUCAUGGCUUAAACAAUGUUUCUUGCCAUGAUGCAGAAAAGGGUAAUUUAAUAACGCCAGAACUUUGGUUUCGAAGUUGUCAAUCGCCUCUAAACAGUUCUACAGAGAAUACAUUUGUAGAGGAUGAGCAUGCGACUUCUAAUUUAUCAUCACCUUCCCAUGACAAAGGAAAGGAAAAGAAUCAAAAUGAGAUCGAGAAAUCAUUAGAAUCUAAUCGAAAAGCAAUAAGAAAAAGAGAUUCAUUUUGCAUUCGGAUAUGUACCAAAGUUAAAAAUCAUAAUAAAAAAAAAAUAAAUUUCCAUACCGAUAUUAAUAAAACUGACGUUAAAGAAGACAUUAAAGAACCGACGUUGGUAACCGAGGAAAACAAAUUCGAUCGUUCCGUGAAUAAUCAAAAUCAUUGCAAAAUUAAUUGUACAGAAAAAACUGUUCUGAACUGUAAGGAGCUUGAAAAAGAUCACAGAUUGAUGGAUGUUGUAAAUCAUGAUUCGUACGAUCAUCGACACAAUAAUAUAUUUUUAGAAAAGAAUAUACAUGUAAAAAAUAUAAAGGAUAUGCUAAAAGAAAAAGAACAUGAUCUAUCGGAAAACGUGUUAAGAUCACCCACAUGGUUUGCAAAUUCAACUGCACCUGUGAUGCAAUGUGAAACUCCAUCUGCAGCUAAAUCCUUUGCGGAUGAAACUAUUCAAAUCGAAUACAAAAACCAAACAAACGCGUCCUUAAAAGCAUCGUCGCCUGUACAACUCAAUCAAGCUGAAUCUUCCAUCCAUACAUUGUCUGCAACUCUUCUACCUCCGGUUACGGUCCUUGUACCAUAUCCUAUACCUGUACCUAUUCCUGUACCAAUUCCUAUUCCUAUUCCUAUACCAACUCCAAUUCUUAGUAAGUUAAUGACCGGCGAACAAGAAGUUAAAGAUACAAAAUGUAAGAGUAUGAAAUGCAACAAUUCGAUAAAAAACAAGUGUUCCGUGUCUUGUGAAUCGCAGUUGUGUAUAAAUACAAACGUAUCAGUGAGAGAAGCCUCGCAGCAUGCAACUGCGGCGAAACUAUCUUUUUCAUUGUCGCCUUCUAAUACUAAGAAUGAAAACAAUGACAAUCAACGUUUGCUAAAAUACAAUGCAAAACCUCCGAGGAAAAGAAAACGUUCAAAUGAAACUAAGCUUCAGUUGAAAAGAAAAAAUAAAUUUAUACCUGCUUAAAAAAGACAAUUUUUUACCUUAGGAAAAAUUCUUUUUUAUUGCAUACGAGGAAAGAUUAUUAUGGAGAGAUGACUUGUUGGCUAGGGGCCUACAAACUAAACUUCUAUUCAUAGCUAAUACGGUUACACCAAUGUUCCUCAGUCUUGUCCUAUCUCUGUCACGCGAUGGAUUUAUAGUUGUGAGAAUGACAAUACGUGUGAGACUAGGCGUCGCUAUUACGCUACGGCCAAUCAGCUGUGACUAGCCAUCAAGUCCUCUCUCUAUAGUAGGUUCCACUCCAUAAACUAGUGUGAAAUGCAUACUUGAAGCUUCACCACCACCUCCAUGUUGUUUUUCAAAUCUCUACAAUUGUUGAUAGUAUUUUAAAAGUAUCAGACAUUCUCUGAACCAAUUGAGAUAGAGGAUUAUAAAGAUACAGUACCAUAGAAGAGUAUACUAAAAAUGUAAGUAAUAAAAACACUAAAUCAUUUCUGGGUAUGCAUAAAGAUGUGUUUCAAAGAGAUAUUUCACAAAUGCUACACUUCAUUAUGUCAAUUAUGUUUUAUGAUAAAUUCAUAGAUAUUUGGCGAUUUAUAUAUUUCGAGGAUUCCAUUAUUAUUAAAAACAUGUAUGCA